UGGUUGAUAAAGGCCCAGGCCCAAAAUCUAGUGUCACCAGGCGUCGCCGUUCAAGACCCGGAGGACGAGCGAUGUCUUCCCAAAUCCCAACCGCGAGGUUUUCCUUUUCAUUCUUCCUUCCAAGCUCUCUCAACUCCCGCAGCUGCCGCAAUACUCAGACACAGAGAAGAGCCGUCAAACGCCGAGAUAGUGAAGUAAGUAACGAAACGCCGGCCAAACGAGAUGGAGAAGAAGCCGAAGAGCUCAAGGAAGGGGAAGAAAGCAUGGAGAGCCAACAUAAGCACCGACGACAUUGAUGAGUACAUCGAGAAAUCAACCAAAGACGCUCUCACCGGCGGUUCCCUCGCCGAGGUCCCCAAUGAAUCCCUAUUUUUUGUGGAUAAAUCCAAAGACCUUUCCGUGAAGAGGAAAAUUGAAAAGCAUAGAGAGAAAGUGCUCCACUGUGACAGUGUUCUGCAAAGGAACCCUUUUGUCAAGGCAAUCCCUUCUUCAAAUGAUAAGAGGAAGUCUAGCAUGAAGAAGAAGAAAAAGAAUAUGAAAGACUCUAAGGGUUCCACAUCGAAAGAUGAUGCCAUUAAGAAUGAUGAGUCUGGGGUUGUUGACUUGUGGGAAAAUGAAGCUGAAGGCGAUGUCAGAGCUCGGAAGAUAGUCAAAACUUCAGUUAUUCCUGCAGUGGAAGUUGACCCUCCUGGAUGUUCAUUCAAUCCCCAUUUUGAAGCCCAUCAGGAUUCAUUGGCACAAGCUGUUGCUCAAGAGAUGCAGAAAGUCUAUCAAAGCGAGCUGGGACCUCAGCCUGUCCCUUUAACUGUUCAAGGAGAUGCUAUUGAGGAGGAAGAGAUGUACUUUCUUGAAGUUGAUAAUGUAGAUGAUGAAGCAAAUGAUGAGAAUGAAGCUGAUCCAGAAAAGAGUUCUUCCAUGAAGAAAAUGGUGACAAGAGUCGAGUUCAAUAGAAGAGCUAGACUGAAAGACCGGCAGAAAAAAGAAGCAGAAGCCAAAAAGAAAGCAGAAAUCUCGAAAGAAAUCGAUAGCUUACCAGAAAUCAUAAAAGAAAUAGCCAAAGAAGAUGAAGAGAAGCAAAAGAGAAAGAUGCGUCGGAUAGUAGCAAAGGAGGAAAGAUCAAAACAGCAACCCCCACGCCUGGGCAGGCACAAAUUUGUGCCUGCUCCUACUCAAGUACUGUUGUCGGAAGAGAUUAGUGGCUCGCUUCGCAAGUUGAAGGCGUGCUGCACUCUCGCCACAGACCGGUUUAAGAGCCUGGAGAAAAGAGGACUGAUCCCUCCCUCUGCCAACAAGAGAAGAAGACGGCAAGUUUGAAUUACUACCCUUCUUUUUCGUGCCUGUGAACACUUGUUCUGGGUUAGUUUACAUGAUCUCCUGCCUAAGCGAACCUCCAAUUAUAAAAUGGCUUAUGAAUUGCUCUUCUUGACAGGUGAGAAGCAGUCGGAGUUCUUGACGAUGGAGAUGCUUCGACGUGGAAGCAAGCUGUUGGCAGCAUAAACGACCGAAGAAUCGAAGAUGGGUUUUCGUUUUCAAACAUUCUGCAUUCUUCAAAUUUUGUAAUCCUCAACUAUAUGGAAAUCAGGAGUUGCGUUGGAUAUGUUUCAUUUCAUGUAAUUUCACUCUUGCGCUAAUAGUAAAACACAUUUAAGACUCCUUUUUCUCCUAUUGUCUACCAUCAUUUUCAUUUGAUCCCUCGACAAUAAAACAAAUGUGGGCUUUUUUAGUGAGCCGACAGACAUUACGAAUGGGCUCUGUACACAAUCCUUCAGCCCGGGCAGUCGCAAACGACGCGUCAGCUCGCUCGCACCAUGAAAGUUUCCACUGCGAAAGGCGAAAGUUUCGUCUGACCAUUUGGCUUCGCAGGCCGCAGAGAGACAGAGAUGCGGAUUUUAGCAGCUCAUCUCCGAACGUAUCUGCGCGGGAGCCCCGCCGGAAAUGCGCAGCGAUCGCGAAAUUUCUGCUCCUCGUCGCCGUCGGUCAAUAGAGCAGAUGAGGCGGCGGCAGCGCUGGAGGAGGAAGCUGAGAGGAAAAUCGGGUGGUUGCUGAAGGUGAUCUUCGCCGGGACUGCCACCGCCAUCGGCUAUCAGUUCUUCCCUUACAUGGGAGAUAACUUGGUCCUUCAGUCGAUCUCGCUCUUGCAAGUGAAGGAUCCCUUCUUCAAAAGAACUGGCGCUUCUAGAUUAGCCAGUUAUGCUGUGGAUGAUGGGAGGAGAAUGAAGGUAGUGGAGCUGGGUGGUGCUCAAGGGCUGCUGAGCAUGUUGGAGGCAGCUGAAGAUGAUCGGACCCGCAAAGCUGCUCUUGAGGCUCUUGCAGCUUUGACCGAAUCAGAUAAAGCUGUUGGAGCUUUACACAAGGCAGGUGCGAUCCCGAUAGUUCAGUCUACUCCAAGUUCAGUGGAGGAAGCGGCCAUUGACAAGUACAAAACAAGCGUACUUAAGAGAUUCCAAGAUUUGAGAUACGAUGGUUCGUCUUAGCCACGGUGUGCCUAGCUUGUAAUGAAGCUAUCUGAAAGUAGGCUUAAAGAGUUAGAGUAGGUUAUACUGGUUAUCUGCUAUGCAAGUCAGUUUUGUUUCAGUUGCAUUUAUGAUGUACCUCUUGGUAGACUUGCUGUGAUCAAACAUAGGGGUCGAUGCAAACCUUCUCUCUAUGACUCUAUCUUUUAAGUCCCUUUUUUUCUUGGAAAAACUGAUGCAUUACAACUUGCUGGGUGCAAAGAUGCCCUCAGCAGAUGAUGCAAAAUCCAGUUUCGAACUUUCGGGUCCCGAGAUAUCUAUUUUGCGGGCAAAGAGAAGACUCAGUGAGCUAGUCUCACUGCAAGUAAAUUAUACUCAGGAUAGAGAAUUAGUAAGCAAUUGAGAUGGC